AUGUCCUCCAAUGCUCCUACGGUGCCCGCGACAACCGCGACGGUCCCACCAGCCAAGGGCAUGCGCAAGAACGGUAAAAACUGGCAUGACACCAAGAAGGCCUUCCGCCCUACCGCGGGCUUAACAGCAUAUGCGAAGCGCAAGGAGGCCCAUAAGAACCAGCAAGCUGUUAAGGAACUGGAACGUGAAAUGAGGGAGGAGAAGGAGGCCGAGCGUCAAGCUCAAAUCCAACGCAUCAAGGACCGACGAGCAGCUAAGGAAGAGAAGGCUCGCUAUGAGAAGAUGGCAGAGAAGAUGCAUGCCAAGCGAGUCGAGCGUCUGAAGCGCAGAGAAAAGCGUAACAAGAUGCUCAGCUCAUAA